UUAAGGAGCUUUUGCACAGUCUCGAACAUGAAGUGGAAUGCGUGUCCUUGGAGGAAUUCGAAAAGGGAGAAGUGGAUAUUGCAGAUGUACCUCCACCUACACCGACAAGUCCUGGAUUUGAGCUAGCUUUUGACGGGAUGCCAUGGUUUCCUAGGAAAAUGUCAGAUUUGGAUAAGUCCGCCAAUAGAGUCUUGAUGUAUGGAGCCGAACUCGAUGCUGAUCACCCAGGUUUUAAGGAUAAUACUUAUCGACAGAGACGCAAGCAUUUCACUGAUAUUGCCCUCUCUUACAAACAUGGGCAGCCUAUUCCAUAUGUGCAGUACACGCCAGAGGAGAUAAAAACAUGGGGUACAGUUUUUACUCAUUUGAAGAAACUUUAUCCGACACACGCUUGUAAAGAAUUUUUGGAGAACUUCAACCUCUUAAUUAAAUUUUGCGGUUACCGACAUGAUAAUAUCCCGCAGCUGGAGGACGUCAGUCGUUUCUUGAAACAGAGGACUGGAUUCCAACUGCGGCCUGUUGCUGGAUACCUGUCAUCUCGAGAUUUUCUAGCGGGACUGGCUUUUCGUGUUUUUCACUGCACUCAGUAUAUACGUCACAGUUCUGAUCCUUUCUAUACACCGGAACCGGACUGCUGUCAUGAACUCCUGGGACAUGUACCUCUUCUUGCUGAUGCUAGUUUUGCUCAAUUCUCUCAAGAACUUGGUCUUGCUGCUCUUGGAGCGUCAGACGAUGAAGUGGAUAAGCUAGCUACGUGUUAUUUUUUCACCGUGGAAUUCGGACUCUGCAAGCAGGGUGGAGAAAUGCGUGUCUAUGGAGCCGGUCUUCUUUCGUCAGUGGCGGAACUUCAGCAUGCACUGUCGCCUGCUGCAGAAGUGUUGCCAUUUGAGCCCGAAAGAACCUGUCAACAAAUACCUUUAAUUACAACAUUUCAAGAUCUUUACUUCUACACUGACAGUUUUGAAGAAGCCAAAGAGAAAAUGAGGGAAUUUGCAAGCACCAUCAAGAGACCCUUCGGUCUGCGAUACAAUCCUUACACCCAAACAGUGGAAAUCUUGAGCAACACUCGGAAGAUCGCCAAUCUGGUCAGCGAGCUGAAAGGAGACCUCUGCGUCGUUACGGCAGCACUGAAGAAGAUUAGAGGAAGACACUGAAUACAAAGACGCUUUAUAACAUCUUUCUUGAAAUUCAAUUCCGAUGCUUUCUCUUUCACAGUUUACUGGCCUUUUCUUUCAGCAUUUGCCUACUUUACUACUUUACUGAUACUUAUGUGAGAAACUGU